AUGUAUGAGGUCAUAAAUGUCUCUCUAUCCCAAAGAUCCAAUCAUGUAUCUACGCAUUUGUACAACAAUCAAGAAUCGCAUAUUCCAUAUAAACGAAAUGCAGAAGUUAAAUAUGAUAAUCUGAUCUUUCUUUCAGCGCUGAAGAAUAAAAAUGGUACCACAAAUUACUCACCAAGAGCAAUUAUAUACGAUUUGAAUGGGGGUUUGGGAUCUUUAGGAAAGUACGAAUAUCAUGAGCCGAAGUCUAAUAUUUCUAUCUCAAAUGAUCAAGUGAUUAGAAACCAUAUUAUCGAAAAGAACGACUAUCAAAUAAACUUAGACAAGGGUAUGAGCAAACCGAAUUUGUUGAAUGUGGAAAAUACAAAAUACUGGACCGACUACAAUAAGCUAAUUUACCGACCAAAAUCUUUAAAUGAGUUGCAGAAUUGGAAGUUGGUUCCCGGAAAAUGUUUCGGAGUUGAGAAACAUAUCUCACAAAUCGAGUUCUGUGAAUUUCGUCAAGGGCAAAGUGAAUACAAAAAUGAAUUAGAAAAUAAUAUAGAUUUGUUUCGGAGCUAUUUAGAAGAGUGCGAUCUACUUCAAGGUGUGAGUUUGAUGACAGAAACUGAUAGUGCUUGGGGUGGAUUUACUAAUGAACUCAUACUUUCUCUUAAAGAUGAAUAUUUCAACAAUGGAUCGAAUAGCAAAUAUAACAUAUGGACAUACGGCUUACUGUCAUUCGAUUUCAAGUUAGAUUCGCGAGGAUUGUGCUCUAGAAUUUCGAGCAUAGUAGAGUUAUCUAAGAAUUCAUCUCUUUUCUUUCCAAUGAAUCUUGAUCCCAGCUCAUCGCUACUUGACAAGCAUUUUGUGCCAGAGAGUUUAUGGCACUCGUCAAGCAUUCCAUCUAUUUUUGUUGACUCUAUUUGGGGAUUGAAUAAUAAGCUUCAGGGCCCUCAACGAAUGAGUUUAAUAGAAGAUAACUUGUUGAGAGGUGAUGUCAACAGAAAUAUUAUUAACGAGAUAGCAAUACGCUCCGCUUCCUACGAAAAUGAUGUACAAAUGAGUCCAACCAAGGAAAAUGUCGAUAUUAACGUUGCCAUUGAUGCCUAUUAUAGCAAGAAAACCUUGACUACAAAACCAUCAGCAGACUUAAGUCUUACUUCAGCAGAUGAUGCGAAAUACUUCGUCAAAAAUUUCGUCAUUCUGCAGGACGAAGCUCUCAAGGCUAGAAUUUUAUCGGCUGUCGAGCUGACACCCUGCAACACUUAUGAGCAUUCGAAGUUGAAUGACAUUACGAACACCGAUACAUUUCCAAAGACGUUGUCUGCCAACAAUUAUUAUGUUGAAUUUAACAUUAACUCAAAUUUAAGGAAAUUGAUGAAAUCUUAUCAUAACAUUGUUUCACGAUCUAAAUAUUUUGACCAGUUAUGUGAUGACAAAUCGGAACUCGUGGAAGAUAUUUGCAUGCUUGUUGACGAAUAUACCAUUGGAUAUGAUCUGAGCGAUGAUGACUUUGAAUAA